AUGAGUAUCGAAGGAAAGGAAGUUCCCAUGCGACAUUACUUCCCACACAUCGAGUGCAGAGCAGCACACCUAGCUUUGGGAACUUACACCGGCGAAAAGCUGCAGAUACUGGGAAAGUCAAGCGUCAAAGUGGCCCAAACAGGCGAGGAAAUGCUCCUGCCGUUGGUGGUCGUGAGAGAUCAGGGCAGGAAAAUGCCAGCGUUAAUAGGAAGAGACUGGCUGGAGAGGCUGAGGCUAGAUUGGAAGAGUGUCUGCCACCUGUCAAAUGACGUGGGGAAAAGGGUGGAGACGUUGCGGCGAAAGUACUCUGGAGUUUUCAAAGGCGUUCCAGGAGUGGUGAAGGACUUCAAGGCCCGUGUUCUCGUCAAGGAGGCAGCCCAACCAGUGUUUGCGAAAGCGCGACCAGUACCGUUCUUCAUGAAAGACCAAGUAGCAAAGGAGUUGGAGAAAUUGGAAGCUGAUGGCAUCUUGAAAAGAGUGUCAAGAAGCGACUGGGCAACGCCCCUUGUUGUGGUACCGAAGAGCAGCGGAGCAGGAUUAAGGCUAUGCGGGGACUACAAGAUCACCGUGAAUCCUGUUUUGAAGACCGAUCAUUAUCCCUUGCCCUUACCAGAGGAUUUGUACUCAACACUCGCCGGAGGAAAAGUUUUCUGCGUUCUGGACCUGUCACAAGCGUACCAGCAGGUUCCCUUGGACGAAGAACGCAAGCCACUGCUGACAAUAAACACACAUCUCGGGCUGUUUCAAUUUCAGAGACUGCCCUUUGGAAUAUCGAGCGCACCAGCCAUUUUUCAGUCGCUAAUGGAUUCAGUUUUAAAAGGGAUUCCCAAGGUGGGAUGUUACAUUGAUGAUGUAAUCGUCGCAGGUGAAAACGUGCACGAAUGUCAGAGAACGGUGGAGAAUGUCUUGUAA